UCAUCGCAAAUAAAAACUUUGAUUUUGUAAAUGUCUUUUUCAGAAAGAAUUUGUUCUAUAAAAAAGGGUUUGCUGAAAAAAUCGCUGCAGCAGAUAGACAAAUCAGAAAUGCGCGUCUACUUUACGACUUUACUACAAAAAUAACAGAUGGCGCUAUCCAGGGGUGAAUUUUAAACUUCGUUUGCUUAUAUUUUCCAAAUUUGCCUUUAAGCUUUUUUUGGACGCUGUCGAGCUUUGAUUUGAUGGAGGUUAUGAGGGCGACAAGGAGCGAAAGUGUGAGAAAUGUGAACGUAAAGGAAUAUCGAAUAGCGGAAAUAUAACCUACAUUUCUGGCAUUCUCUUCGCUUUCCAACUCAAAUAGGAGCGUCAGUCAAGGUCAUCGACCCUUACUCAUUUUUCACGCAGUGUGCAUUCCGCAUGUCGGUACGGUAGUCGCCACGAGCAGAGUAGACCGCACUCUUCAAAGUGUUGUCCGUGUGAAACUUGUUAUUCGUUCUCAAAGAAGUAAUAAGGAUCUGGUUCUUUUUAGCGGUUGUGAAAAAGUGAAUCCGAAACGAAAUGGCUUUACGUACGGAAACUGAAAAAAAUUUAGAAUUUGUGGGGAAGAGCUUACUUGCGGGCGGAGUGGCUGGUAUGUGCUCCAAAACUACUGUUGCUCCUUUAGAUAGGAUCAAAAUAUUAUUACAAGCACACAACACACAUUAUAAGCAUUUAGGAGUAUUCUCAGGAUUAAAGGAGAUUAUUCAUAGAGAAAAUUUCUUUGCGCUCUACAAAGGAAAUUUCGCGCAAAUGAUUCGAAUUUUCCCAUAUGCAGCCGCGCAAUUCACAUCAUUUGAAUUUUAUAAAAAGUAUUUAGGAACUCUGUUUGGGAAUAAAAGUCACAUAGACAAAUUUGUGGCUGGAUCAGGAGCUGGAAUUACAGCAGUUGCUCUGACUUAUCCUCUCGACACAAUCAGGGCUCGACUUGCUUUUCAAGUAACUGGUGAACAUGUAUAUACUGGAAUCACUCACACAGCAGUUACAAUUUUUAAAGAGGAAGGUGGUAUAAAGGCCCUCUAUAGAGGAUUUCUACCUACGAUUUGUGGAAUGAUCCCAUACGCAGGAUUUUCAUUUUACUCAUUUGAAAAACUUAAGUACCUUUGCAUGAAAUAUGCACCCAGUUAUCUUUGUGAUAAAUGCAACAGGAAUACUGGUGGUUUAGUUUUAACUUUACCAGCCAAGUUGCUUUGCGGUGGAAUCGCAGGAGCGAUAGCGCAGAGUUUUUCUUAUCCUCUUGACGUUACUCGAAGACGAAUGCAGUUAGCGAUGAUGAAUGCAGAUACGCACAAAUACGGUACUGGCAUGCUGUCCACAAUGAAGAUCAUCUACCUCGAAAAUGGAAUAACAAAAGGCCUUUAUCGAGGAAUGUCGAUAAAUUAUCUGCGUGCAACUCCCAUGGUAGCAGUUAGCUUCACAACCUAUGAACUUAUGAAACAACUACUUAGUUUAGACACAGGAAUGAAGCUUUAAUCUACGUAAAGUAAUUAGCCAAUAUUGUUGGGUGUGUGUUUUUUUUCAAAUCCCGGUUCAAAAUUGGUUGUAAAUGUUUAGAAAAAGUUUUCACUCGUGUGAGAAUGUAUACAAAUCUUUUUCGUGGGCCAAUUUUUUUAAUAAGUUUUAAACUUUCAUACUGAAAUCAAAAAAUUACUUAAUUUAAUCAUGUAAAUGUAAGAUGCAUUAAUAGCUUUAAUUUUUAACCAAACUAUUACUUUAUUAUAUUUUUGCACUUGAUGGAUAUUGAAUCUCGAUUUGCUACUGAGAAAAUAAUUAUUAAUAGUUAAUAAUUUAGAAGAAUUCCUCUUCGCUAUCUCGAGUUCAGAAAUCUCUAGAGUUUGUUGCCAGUAAAUGAAUCAUCGUAGACCAUUUCUUGUGAAAUAGUAGUAUUUUAAAUCCAAAGCGACAUCAAACUUACGUAAAGAUCUUAUUCUUAAAAUACAUCAGGGACUGAAGGUGACUGAAUCGAGAAUCAAAAGUAAUUAGAAUAAAAAAAUACUUGACGCAACGUCAGAAGACAUGUUCCUGAAAAGAUUACAAAAAAUAGAUAAUAAAGAUACGUCUCAGGUUGUAGAUAGGUUAUCAUAAAAGGGAAAAAAUAUAUUUUUUUACGAGUUUCUAUACCACAAUUGUAAAUAAUAGUGGACAAUUUCUAUGAACUGGUGAAAAACUAGCAAAUAAAAAUUGGCUAUAUAAUUAUAAACAAUGUUCAUGUAUGAAUUUUAAUUUAAAAUAUAAUUUAUUGUCUAUUAUUAACUCUCAGGACUUUGAUAGUUUAUUUUAAGUCGCGGUCGUAAAGUUCUGGAGUCAACAGAUUUUAUCUAUGAUAAGUCAAAGGUGACGUCGCACAAAAGUCUGCUGAUUGAUAAAAUGAGACUUUUUUCUUUUCAAAACGUCUUGAACGUUAUUCAAAGACAUUCCGAACUUACGUUUAUCUUUUGAUCCGUACUUUUUAUACAUUAAUGGUAUUGUCAAAAAAGUUUUUGGUACUUUUAAUAAAAUAUUUUAGCAGGAA